AUGACGUAUCCGGCUGCUCCGGUGAUCCGUCCCCCGCCACAGAUGUAUCCCGGCCAGGGACCACCGCCGAUGGUGCGUGGCCCGCCGCCGCAGUUUCCUCCUCCCGGUGCCAGGCCCGGCGGCCCACCUCAGCAGUUUCCCGGUCCUCCGAUGCAGUAUGGGCAGAGACCAAUGGGGCCUCCACCGCCCGGGCCUCCGGGGCAGAUGAUGAGGGGUCCACCACCUCGCCAAGGAAUGCCGCCUCCUCCCGGUGUGUUUGGAGGACCUCCACGGGGAAUGCCGCCGCCGCCUCAGAACCCCAACCAGCAGCAGCAACAGUGCCCAAACCUUGAGGUUCUUUCGAUCAAGUGCUGCCCGAAUGUGACUGAUGCAUCCAUCGCUGACAUAGAGUUUCGGUGCACCAUGAUUAAGGAACUUGACAUCAGCUAUUGCUAG